CUUCGAACGGUAACAAGUGUCCGUUACAGGAUAUACAUACUCGAGGUAAAAGCCGCCCACAAUAGAUCAGGCCAGUCGCGCCAUGACGAGUGUGUCAGGGAGAUCAUCAGCGAGUCGAAGUAGCAAGUACAGCCAGGCAUCGUGCCAUGCCAAUAGUGUCGGCACGUCGUCGCGGCGGAUGUACCAUACACGGCACAAGUCGUCCAUCGCACGACUGUUCAAGCGGGAUGUCCCAAGCAACCUCGACUCACCCAUGCAGUUCUCAGAGGACGACGUGGUCAUGGAAGGAAUGCUGACCAAAAUCUCAUCGAGCAAGUAUUUCUCCAGCAAGCCGUGCUAUUGCAUUCUGCGGUCCGACGCGUGGUCUUUGUGCCAGUACCGAAGUCCAUCAGAUCUUAUCCUUUUGGGGGAAAUCGUACUGUCAGAGCAUGACAUUGUGCGCGACGUGAGCGACUGUGAAUCCGCGGCCCCCGUCGUGCACACGUUCGAGCUCUUGCGACCGACGUCAAACCAGUGCGUGCAGUUUGCGACGCCAACAGCUCGGGGACUGGAGCAAUGGAUAUGCGCGUUGGAAACUGCGAUUUUCGAGCUGAGCCAGCUGGGCAAGCCCACGCCACCCCCUCCGCCGCAGCACCACGAGGCGUUUGAAAGGAUGCCGGCACCCCCUCGCUCGACCUUGACAGGGUGGACGCCUUCCCCAAAGUACGCACCCACGCCACGUAAAGAGAGUAGUAGCAGCAGCAGCAUUAACGUCGUCGUCGAGCCGGACGACGAUGAUGCUUCCAUGGCGGCGGCGAUGGCGGCGGCCAACUUGCUCGAAGACGAACUGCGCGACAAUGACAACAACAACCACAUGGACACGGGUCCUGAAACCCACGAGUUCAACAACAACGACGACGACGCUGGUGAUAACCAAGAGCCCCCUGGAGGAACGGAUGAGCCCAGGCCAGGAGCUUAUACGUCACCGGCGCACUUAUCGUCACCGUCAUUGUCACCCGACAAGCAACCUGGCCGACAGGCGGCAUCGGUACUAGGUGACCGCUUCUUUCGCAAAGUGCCGAGGGUCGCGCCGGGACUGUCAAGCUCGGCCGUCCGUGCGGUGCAUUCCUUUAGCGCCAGUGGUCAAGUGUUUACACUGGACGUCAAGUACAAACUCAUCAAACCAAUCGGCACGGGCGCGUACGGCGCUGUGAUCUCGGCCACCAACGACGAAACAUGCGACAGCGUUGCGGUCAAGAAGAUCUCCAAUAUAUUUGACGACCUCGUGGACGCCAAGAGAAUCCUGCGGGAAACGAGGCUGCUGGGCCACUUUAACCAUAAAAAUAUCACGAGGUUGCUGGAUUUGCCGCCGCCGCCGUCUCGUGCAGCGUUUCACGACAUGUACAUCAUCGCCGAGCUCAUGGAAACGGACCUCCACCAAGUGAUUUAUAGCAUGCAGCCCAUGUCAGACGACCACGUGAAAUACUUUCUCUACCAAAUCCUCUGCGCGUUGCAUCACAUCCACUCGGCAGGUGUGAUCCAUCGAGACAUGAAGCCGUCCAACAUCUUGCUCAAUUCCAACUGCGACCUCAAAAUCUGCGACUUUGGACUUGCCCGCGGCGGGUGUCCUGAAAACGUCGAGCUGACCGAGUACGUUGUCACAAGGUGGUACCGUGCACCUGAAAUCAUGCUCAACUGCUUGCAUUACACCGAGGCCGUGGAUAUGUGGGCGGUGGGAUGCAUCUUGGCGGAAAUGAUUCAGCGGGAACCCUUGUUCCCAGGCAACGACUACAUCCAUCAGCUCAAGCUCAUCGUCAAGUUUAUGGGCACGCCCAAAGUGGACGAAGUGGAGUUUGUUAAGAACGCCAAGGCGCAGCGGUUCCUGGCCAAACUGCCGAUUUACAAGGCGACCAAGUUGGCCGAUGCAUUUCCUGCCGCCAGUGACCAAGCGAUGGAUUUGCUGGCCCACAUGCUCGUGUUUAACCCUGCCAAGCGCAUCUCAGUCCUCGACGCACUGCAUCAUCCGUACCUGGAAGCGUUCUACGAUGCCGCCGACUUGGUCUUGUCGCCGCCAUUUGACUUUGGAUUUGACAUCCCCGACGAUAAACUCACGCGGGAAGCGCUCGUGUCGCUGCUCAUGGAAGACAUCUCGACGUUCCACCCCGAGGUGGUCGACGUGGGGCAAGAGCAUGGGUACCUGCCCCCGUCGGCAUUCCUUCCGCCGCCGCCAUCGAAGAGUUCGCCGCCCGCAAAUAGAUCCGGGACUGCAAUCAACGAAGCAUAGAGAGCCGUAGAAUAAAUAGUAUGUAAGAGACAAUCGUCGUGUGUCAAUAUAGCUGGUA